AUGAUCGCUAAUUAUGUAAUGGAAACUGUGUACAGCUUACAUCAUCACCAUCUGACAGCAUGGAACCACACCUUAAUGGGCCCCCCUCUACUUCAGAGAUAUGCUGAUGCCAUACAAAGGAAAGGAAGUCCCCUGCCAAAUUGCUUUGGCUUCAUAGAUGGUACAGUAAGACCCAUUUGCCGACCACAAGAAAACCAAGGAAUUGUGUACAACGGACACAAAAGAGUCCACGGAUUGAAAUACCAAUCUGUUGCAUUGCCCUGUGGUAUAAUAGCCAACAUGUAUAGGCCAGUAAGUAAUGGAAAUUAUUCCUUUCAAGUUUUAGCAGGAGCCCAAGUAAUGGGCUCCUGGUUUUAGUCACAUUAGAACCAUCUGUCACACGAUAAAUCCAAACAGAAUGAUAAAUAGGUGAAAGCAGUUUUUAGCGUGAAACAUAUCAAAUAGUAUAAAUAAAAUAUACAUUUUUUUUAAAUUACAGAACACAAUUUUCAAUCAAAAUGUGCAUUUUCUUCCAGAGGGCCACAACCAUGAUGCUGGAAUGUUAGCUGAUUCUGGCCUUCUGCAAGUCCUUGAACACCAUGCUUUUUUGCCGACUGGUAACCCCAUGGCCUUAUAUGGUGACCCUGCUUACCCAUUAAGAGUUCACCUUGUUGUGCCAUAUCGCACGGCAGGUAUCACUCCUCAGAUGGAAUAG